GUUCAUCUCCAUUUGAUAGGUAAGCUUGACAGCUUAGGUACAGUAUUUACUUUGGUACUUACGUAGGUACAUACCUAGGUAGUAGUCGGCAGGUACCUGGCAAGUAUAGUCGAAUAGAAAGUCAUACGCCUCGAAUAAUCCACUACAAAAAGUCGUACGCUAUCUCCCGCUACUGAGUAAGUGAGAGCUCAACCGCCCGCAACAAUGAGACUCCAGCGCACCAUAUCGGUAGUGGGAUGCCACGCCGAGGGCGAAGUGGGUGAUGUGAUCGUCGGAGGCGUGCUGGACGCUCCAGGAUGCAAAACCAUGUACGAGAAGAUGAGGUACUUCUGGACGCAGAAGGACAGUCUGCGACAACUCCUACUGAACGAGCCGCGGGGACGGUCGUCGAUGAACACAAACCUUGUCCUGCCGCCCUGCGAUCCUCGGGCAGACGCCGGGUUCCUGAUCAUGGAGAGCGAGGAAUACGCGCCCAUGUCCGGAUCCAACACCAUCUGUACAGCCACUGUUCUGUUGGAAACCGGCAUGAUCCCCAUGCAGGAGCCAGUCACUCAGUUCAACCUCGACACGGCGGCCGGGCUGGUGGGCGUGACGGCUGAGUGCGAGGCCGGGAAAUGCAAAUCAGUUUCCUUUGACAAUGUCCCAUCCUUCGUCUUUGCCUUGGACAAGGAAAUCGACGUGCCUGGGCUAGGAGUGGUCAAGGUCGACGUUGCAUGGGGCGGCAUGAUCUACGCUCUGGCCGACGCCGGGUCACUGGGACUGAAGAUCGAAAACAGUCAAGGGCCUCGACUGAUCGAGAUUGGAGAACGCAUCAAACGAGCUGUUCAGGCCCAAUAUACCCCAAUACACCCCGAGAACCCGGGGAUUCGCGGCGUCUCAAUCUUUGGCUGGACACAUCCGCUUGAGGCCGACGGCCUAAACAAUAGCAAAUCCGCCGUCAAUGCCGUCGUGGUUUCUCCAGGACGGUUCGACCGCAGUCCCUGUGGCACGGGCACCUGCGCUCGAAUGGCCGUUCUGCAUGCUCGUGGUCAGCUCAAAGUAGGCGAGACUUUUGUCCACAAGAGCAUCAUCGGCACUGAGUUUGUCAACCAUAUCAGAGGGACCACCAAGGUCGGUGAAUUGGACGCCAUUCUUCCAACGGUCAAGGGCAGAGGGUGGAUCACGAGUUUCAAGCAAAUCGUCUUGGAUCCAACGGAUCCGUUUCCUGAAGGAUUCCGCGUUGGCGAUCAGUGGCAUAUUCCUCAGCCUUGACUGUGGGCGAGUACCGCAUACACUCCAUCGAGCUCGAUCUAGAUAGGGGGUAAGCACUAGACGAAGACCAAAAUAGGGCUUUAUCGUAAAUGUCUAGCAUAGCUCCCUGGAGAAGCCAUGGGCAGCAGUGAAAUUCUUGGAUAGCAGAGAAGAUAGUCAACGAGGUUGCGUUCAACCGCAGCGUGGACUUGAAAUUCCGGCCUCAACUGAAGUUUGUCGUCAUUUGACGCGCUCGGCGCCAGUCAC